ACAGGGGGCUGCGCUGGACGGCGUGCCCUCUGCGGGCGUUUGACAGGGUGCCUUGUUGACGGCUGGUGUGUUGGUUAUUGCAAACCAAUUAGGAAUAAUGGAGUUUCUCAGCAAGUGGGUGCUAAGGGCUUCUCUGUAGUCACCAAUUCAUUGGCAAUGAUAAUAAAGAAAAAGAGAAAAGAAUUUCAUGAGGCGCCUGUACAGAAAAAGAAAAAGGUGAAGACUAUAAUUGAAAUUGAGGAAGAUGUUCAAACUGUCAUUAAAACUGAGGACAAUGGACAUCUCAAGAAAAAAAUGAAGACAAAGAAAAAGGAAAAUUUAAAAGAUGAAUGUUUACACAAAUUGCAACCAAAGAAUAAUAAGAAAAAGAAGAAGAAGAAGAAAGUUGGCUCUGAAUUACUUAGCACAGCUCAUUUAAAAAGCUUUGUGAAUAUAAAAGGUCCUGUGGAUUUACAGCUUCAAGACGAAUCAGAGGAACAAAUUAAAAUACUCAAAAAGAAGAAAAAAAAAGUCCAGUAUCGUUUCUCCUUGGAGAAUAAUGAGAGUAGUGACGUGGAGCUUUCAAAUCAUCACACAGAUGGUACUAAGAAAAAUGAAUUGCCUUUUAAAAAAAAGAGGAAGAAAACUGCUUUGGAUUUGGAAUUGGAUGGUGAAGUAAAAAAGAAAAAAAAGAAGAAAGGCAGUUUUUCAUUAGAGGACAUCCAGGACAGCGCACAAAAGCAAUCUGCAAAAGUUUAUAGAGACACCCACAAAUACAUUUCACCAGAAGCAGUUUUUAUGUGUGAAAACAAUGAUACAGGUAAUGCCCAGAAUGAUGGGGAGAGUUGUGUGAGAAGAAAGAAGAAGAAAAAGAAAGAUAAGUCUGACUGCUUUUUACUGCUGGCCGAUAAUCAGGACCACAUACAUCAGGUUCCUGGUAGGCCCACUGCAUUAAGUGACAUUAGAAAAAGGAGGAAACAUAAUUCCUGGGAAUAUUCAUUGACAAGGAGAGAGGAAGAGGACAAAAUUAAGAACUUUGGGAGUAUCAAAGAGAGGAAGAAGAAAAGAAAGUAUCUUUCUUCUUCAACUUGUGAAGAAGAUAAGCCAGACUACAGUCACAGCUUUCUUGAUAAGUAUCUCCCAGCACAGCAAGAAGUUGAGCUUGAGGAAGAACUGUCUGGAAAGAAACACAGGAAGAAUUUCAAGGAUAAUAAUGAAGUCAGUAAGAAGAAAAGGAAGAUUAAGAAAAAGGAGAAGGAAACAACAUAUUCAGAAGUUUCUUUAAACAAUGUCAGUACCUCUGAAAGCCAAAAAAUACUAUUAGAAAGCAGUAAAAAGAACAAAGAGAGUGAAAUGGAGCGAGCUGAGUGUGUUACCGGGGACGUCGUAGAUGGGACAUUAUGCAAUAGUAAUCCUGUGCAGCGUGACAGAAAAAGGAAAAACAGGAAAAAAGUACCACCACAGGACUUGGCUGAAGAGCCAGGUUCAAAAGCAGAGACAGAGAAGAUCAAGACAGAAUCCCCAUGGGAUGAGUCACUGGACAAUCUAGAUGGUGUAAUUAUUGUGCAGGAGAAGAAAGGAAACUGUGAUGAAAUUAACAUAGACAAGGUGAGGCGGCAGGCCCUGCAAGAAGAAAUCGAUAGAGAAUCUGGCAAAACCAAAGCUUUCAGUUCCAAAGUGGGGCAGGAUAUGAAGCUUGGACAGUGGAGUACAGCUGCUUUUAAAAGUUCUGAGGAACAAAUGAAGUUUUUUAGACUGAUGGGUGGCUUUAAAAAGGGUUCUGUGCCUAUCCAAAGUCCCUCAGCACCUACAAAAAAACCGAACAUGGCUCUGAACAAGGAAGGGGAGCAGAAGUUACAGCAGGCACUGAAGAUGGAGUUUGAUAAAGCAAUGGACUUGAAGCAACAUAGAGGAAUUGGUCUUGGAUUUCAACCUAUUGCCAACAAAAAAGCAUACAUAGACAAAUAUGCAUCUAGAUCCAUAAAAUUUGAAGAUUAAAACUCAGAAGUUAUAAUAAGAGUGAAAUUUCUUUUUACUUGAAAUAAAAUAACAAAAUACUGAAGAAAUUUCAUUUAUGAGGUACUUGAAGUACAAGUUUUCAGCUGCAUAUACCAGUGGAGCUGAGUCCUCACUUCAUCCAGACAGUAAGUUUUUGAAACCUUUAUCAUGUUUGUUCUGUAAGGCAAGAGACAGCCUCCUUCAAAGACUGAAGAUAUGUGCCAUGCCUACAAUUAAUUGAAAUUCAGUAUUUUUUUUUAAAUAAACUUGAUUUUUUUAUAGCUUAA